AUACCUCUCUUCUCAACUGAACUCCACAGCAAGAGUACCCUUUACGAUCGCCUUCCUCGGCAGCGGUCGGCUGUCCUCCGUAGUAUCCUCUGUAGGGUUUUUUGCAAACCGGCAAUCUGCAGCUGUAUAUUUGAGGGACAGUUUCAAAGACACGAGUAAGGGAGAAAUGGAGAGGUUUUUUGGCAGUGCGUACCGAGGAGAUCCAGGGGUGCCACAUUCUGGCACAGAACGAUUCAUGAACAUAUGGAUCGGCUCAGCUACUUUCUCUGCACUCACCUUUUUCGAUCCCUACAUGUGGCAGCUCUCGAAUCAGUACAACUGGCAUGAUAAGGCAAUGUUAUUUGAGCAGCACCACUGGAAGAAAGCACUGGAGAAAAAGGAGCCCUAUAAGUUCAAGUGGAACCAAUACAUGGACAAGGAUCUACGCGAGUCUUACUAUUUCAAUUGGCCCGUCUACUUUCCAUAGAUAUUUUCUCCCAUGCCUUGUUUCUUUGUUAUGUUGGUGUAGAUUGUUAAUGGACAUACUCUACAUCACAUGGAUAGAUGCUAUGGUUUUUCCUUUUCUUUUUUCUAGGUUUUCAUAGCAAUGAGACUACUGGAUCCUCAAAGUUGAAUGUGUAUAUCUUGCUUUGAUUGUUAAUCCCAAGUUCAAGGGUCUUUCUUGAA